CCACCCGUUAUAGUAGGCUGUGGCACAAUCGCUGGGAGCCAGGAUAAGCAGCACCCCCCAGCCGCAGAAGUCCCAGGAGGGCUACCAGCCUCCAAGACCCAGAGACUGCCCCACAAGGGCAGCCUUCACCUGGCAAGGCCCCAGCAGUCCCACCUCUGCUUGCAGACAUCCCGUGUGACCUUGCAUUCUGUGGAGCAGGGGCCACCAAAGGGCUGCUCCACGGCGGGAUGACGCACAGGUGGGCGCCCUGGGUUGGCGUCCCAGCGCUGCGUAACGAAGCACAAUGCUCCCACCAGGCAGUCCAAGGUGCCCUUUCCCAAGCAGAACUGUAGGGCCCAUUCGGCCUCGCGGAAGUCUCUGCCCAGCACGUGGAGCGCCCUGCGGGGAAGGGGAGAACUGAAGGGCUGCCACACCAGGCCUCGGCUUCCCAGAGACGGCCAGCUGUGCGACCCAAGGGGUGAUUCAGGGGCUGCGCUUCCCCGGCGUGGGCUCGCCUCCCCCACCUCCUCCUCCGCUUCACUGUUGCAGGCCCGGCAGUUGCCGGCUCACCCACGCACCGAGGCCUGGGCGAAUCCGAGGCGAGACACGCACGGGGUCCUACGUGCAACCCGGCGCCUGAGGAGGCCUGCCAGGUGCAGACGCUUCUGCUCCCGCCGGCGCACUUCCCUCUAGAGAUGCCGAGAAAACGGGAGUUAGUAGCGCCCCCACUCAACGCCGCCUCGGAGACUCGAGCUCCUUCACUCUCAGCCUCGAACAAUACAAAGUGUACUAGGACAAGACAAAAUGGCGCCUAGCAGGAGGAGCGGAGAAAGGCAGGGGUGUAAAUCUGGCUUCCAAACUGGAAGCGACAACAAAGACGUGGGAGGUUUAACUGCGCAGGCGUGCAGCUUCCGCAAGCUUUAGAAUUCCACCGGGGGGCGCGUCCAAAACGUGGUCCCUGACUGAGACUUAUUUUACGCCACUAGAGCGGUGAUGGGUAGCGUCAGAAAAAGUAGGGAGCAACCGGCUGGCCAGCUUCGCCGCGGGAAAAGAACGAGGCGGAGUGUCCGCGGCGCGCACGCGCAACGAAAGUCAAUGGCGGUCUGGAGAGACUGGCGGAAGCCAGCUUUGCAAUAUGGCGGCUGAGGCAGACGGAGCGCUUAAACGGCUGCUCGUGCCGAUUCUUUUACCUGAGAAAUGCUACGACCAACUUUUCGUUCAGUGGGACUUGCUUCACGGUGAGUUUUAUUCAGCAUCCGAUCCAAGUCCUGCUCGAGUGACCCGUGGACCCUUCUUAUUCCAAGGCUUGACCGGACUCUGCAGCUCUUGGGGUGAAGCCUUAUUCCUGAUGCUCCAGACGAUCACCAUCUGCUUCCUGGUCAUGCACUACAGAGGACAGACUGUGAAAGGUGUCGCUUUCCUGGCUUGCUACGGCCUAGUCUUGCUGGUGCUUCUCUCACCUCUGACGCCCUUGACUGUAGUCACCCUGCUCCAGGCCUCCAAUGUGCCUGCCGUGGUGGUGGGAAGGCUUCUCCAGGCAGCCACCAACUACCACAAUGGGCACACAGGCCAGCUCUCAGCCAUCACAGUCUUCCUAUUGUUUGGGGGCUCCCUGGCCCGAAUCUUCACUUCCAUUCAGGAAACUGGAGACCCCCUGAUGGCUGGAACUUUUGUGGUCUCCUCCCUCUGCAAUGGCCUCAUCGCUGCCCAGCUUCUCUUCUACUGGAAUGCAAAGCCUCCCCACAAGCAGAAAAAGGCGCAGUAGAGCCAGCUGCUAGUCAUUCCGUUUCCACUCAUUUACCCAACCUCAGGGUUCUCCCCAUCUGAGCCAGCCUGCUGGUGUGACUUACUCAUCCGCCAUUCCUCUGCAGUAGCAGACUUCCUGAGCCAGGGUUUGCUUUUAUCGGAAACAAAUGGUUGAUGGAUCUAGAUCCUUAGAAAAGGAGAGAAUGGGGGUAGCAUCUUCCAAGCCAAAAUUUUGACAUUUGAGUGCUUUUCUAAGCCCUGUACAUGUACUAUUAAUCAUUCAGCCAAGCCUCUUCCUCUAGCAGCAAUUUCUGGCUGUUUAACCCUCUCCCUGGGCCAAAUGUUUUACCCUGGCCUCUAACCUUCCUACUUCCCUUCUGGCCCUACAAGAGAGUCUGAACAGCAGAGUGGAGGGAACUAGGGGGCUGUGGCUGCUUCCCUGCCUCCGUCAGCCCGGCUGGGACUGCCUCCGAGACCCCAGUGCUGGGGGUGGGGGAAGGUGGACAGAGAAUGACUCAGGCAGGGCCCCAGGGUGGGGUGAGGAGGUUCCUGCUCUGGCAGGUCUAGGCGGAAGGGAGUGGAGAUGGGGCUGGUUCCUGCUGCAGUGAGAGGAACAGAUGGGACAAUAAAGACUGGAGACGCAGUUGAAUAAUACAAAACUGUGUUUAAUACUACCAAAAA